AUGUCGAUGGGAUCGAUGGUCGAUGGGAUCGAUGUCGAUGAUGUCGAUGACGAUGAUGUCGGUAUAUUCAGCAUCGCCAAUGACCGCCAAAGUGAGGACGAUGAUACCCUCACUGGUGAAGACAACGUUCUUUCAGCAGUGCACACGAAGCGCACUGCUGUUGACAAGGAUGAAUCAGCAGAGGAAUUUCUGCCGACUCGCGAAGCGGUUGUCCGCUUCGGUCAAGAUUCUAUUGUAGAUGCAUUAGACGGACAGAAAAGAAAUGCAGACAAACAUGGAAAAGCAAAUGUUCUUUGA